AUGGACAAUCAUACCACAGUGACUUAUUUUGUCCUUUUUGGAUUUUCAUCCAGUCUACCAGUCCAAUUUUUUCUCAUCCUGAUAUUUUUAUUCAUGUAUAUUGCAACCAUUGUAGGAAAUUUGGCAAUUAUAGCUGUAAUACGGUACAACAAUCAUCUCCAGAGCCCCAUGUACUUUUUCCUGAAACAUCUGUCUUUUAUUGAUAUCUGUUUUUCUUCAGUUACCUUACCUAAGCUUCUAGAGAAUCUCUGCUCAAGCCAGAUGAUAUCAUAUGGUGGUUGCCUUGCCCAGAUGUUCUUUAUCUUUAUCACAGCAUCCAGUGAAAUUUUCAUCCUUGCAGCAAUGGCUUAUGACCGAUAUGCUGCCAUAUGCAAGCCUCUUCAUUAUGUACAAAUCAUGAACAAAUCAUGCUGUAGAUGGCUAGUAGGAGGUGCAUGGGCCUUUGGCUUCACACAUGCAUUCAUUAAUACAUUACCUGUGUUGAAGUUAGUGUUCUGUGGUCCAAAUAUUAUCAAUCAUUUCAGCUGUGAAUUCCCAUCUUUGCUUGCUUUAUCCUGCACAAAAACUACCCCAAACUCUAUUUUGUUCUUAAUUUCUGGUACUACAGUAGCAAGUUUUACAUUGUCUGCUAUUUUUUUCUCGUACAUCCACAUACUAUCUACUGUCCUGAAGAUGCGAUCAGUAGAAGCUAAAAAGAAAACCUUCUCCACUUGCAGUGCCCACCUUAUUGUUGUAGUUCUAUACUAUGGCACUGGAUGCUUUAGAUAUAUGAGACCCAACUCUGUUUCCUCAGUGAUCAUGGAUAAACUUUUUUCCAUCCAAUACAGCAUUUCAACUCCCAUGCUGAAUCCCAUUAUUUACAGCUUGAAAACCAAGGAAAUCAAAGAAGAUUUAAAGAAAUUAAUGGGGUACAAAUGA